AUGAUCAAUGUAGCCCCAGCAGUGCCACCUGUCAAAGUCCAUCAGUGCCAGCAGUCAGUGCUCAUCCAUGCCACCUGCCAGUGCCCAUCAGUGCCACAUCACAGUGCACAUCAAUGCCACAUAUCAGUGCCCAUCUGAGCUGUCUUUCAAUGUAACCCAUCAGUGCCAGUCAGUGCCACCUAUCAAUGCCAAUCAGUGCCGCCUAUCAGUGCCACCUAUCAGUGCCAGUCAGUGUCGCCUAUCAUUGUCAGUCAGUGCCACCUAUCAGUGCCAGUCAGUGCUGCCUAACAGUGCCAGUCAGUGCUGC